UUCCCUUGUACAUUGCUUAAACAGAAGGGUCUUGUCUCAUCUCUGUUUCCAUUUAUAUUCCUUCCCGUUAAUGGACUAUUAGGUACUGGGGAGCAAAAGCUCUCUUAUGUUUUCGUACAUUUCUAUUUCUAUUUAUUCACCUUUUUUUUUCUUCUAUAUUUUAUACUCUAGAUAAUCUACCUGAAUUAAUUCUGCUCGCUGCUAUUAAACUUCGCCUCUGAAUAAUAAUCUGAUUGUUCAAUCAACCGCCAGUGGGAAGAAUCAAAUAAGACGGUUGUCAUAGUGUUUAUCAAUUUACUGAAUUUAGAAAUGAUGGUGUCAAGUGAGCUACAAGGACUUUCCAUGUCCCUGGGUUCAAAGAAGCCAACCUUCCACCGUGACAAGGAUUUGUGUUCCUCAUUCUCCGGUAGCAGAGUGAACUUGCUUCAAUCAAAGAAUGUAGUAUCUGGUUUUCCGCCUGGAAAAUUCUUUAGUGUCACACACAGAAACACAACCCGAAGAUUUAUCACUAUGUCUACUCUUGCAGAUGUUGCAAAUGACUUUAUGGCCCUUCAAUCACCGAUACUAACAGGAAGAGAAGCCAACCCAAAGACUGUUGCAUCGAUCAUAUUAGGCGGAGGAGCUGGAACUCGUCUGUUCCCCCUUACUGAAAGAAGGGCUAAACCUGCAGUACCAUUUGGAGGAUGCUAUAGACUAGUUGACAUACCCAUGAGUAAUUGCAUUAACAGUGGAAUUAACAAAAUUUACGUCCUCACGCAAUAUAACUCUCAGUCCCUCAACCGACACAUUGCUCGAACAUAUAAUUUGGGAGGUUGCAUCAACUUUGGAGGUGGUUUUGUUGAGGUAUUGGCUGCAACUCAAACACCUGGUGAAUCAGGAAAAAAGUGGUUUCAGGGUACAGCCGAUGCUGUAAGACAAUUCCUUUGGUUGUUUGAGGACGCUGAUCAUAAAAAUAUAGAGAACGUUCUGAUAUUGUGUGGUGAUCAGCUAUAUCGAAUGGAUUACAUGGACAUUGUGCAGAAGCAUGUUAAUUCAUGUGCUGAUAUAUCAGUAUCUUGUCUCCCAGUGGAUGGCAGUCGGGCCUCUGAUUUUGGAUUAGUGAAGGUUGAUGAAAGAGGACGGAUAUGUCAGUUCUUGGAAAAACCCAAGGGAGAAUUGUUAAGAUCUAUGCAUGUAGAUACGAGUAUUUUUGGACUAUCAGCUCAAGAAGCAAGAAAAUUUCCAUACAUCGCAUCAAUGGGUAUAUAUGUGUUUAAAAUAGAUGUUCUGCUAAAAGUUCUCAGGGGCUGUUAUCCUAAUGCAAAUGAUUUUGGAUCUGAGGUCAUUCCAUUGGCUGCAAGAGAUUUUAAUGUCCAGGCAUGUCUUUUCAGUGGUUAUUGGGAAGAUAUUGGGACUAUAAAAUCUUUCUUUGAUGCGAAUUUGGCUCUUAUGGACCAGCCGCCCAAGUUUCAGUUGUAUGACCAGUCCAAGCCUAUUUUUACUUGUCCUCGGUUCCUACCACCAACUAAAAUGGAGAAGUGUGAGGUAAUUAACUCUUUGAUUUCAGAUGGUUGCUUUUUGAAAGAGUGCACAGUAGAACAUUCCAUUGUGGGAAUUCGAUCACGGCUUGAUUCUGGAGUGCAGAUAAAGGAUACCAUGAUCAUGGGUGCUGACUAUUACCAGACAGAAGCUGAAAUUGCUUCUCUUGUAGCAGCGGGAAAUGUUCCAAUAGGCAUUGGGAAAAAUACAAAAAUUGUGAAUUGUAUAAUUGACAAAAACGCAAGAAUUGGAAACAAUGUAAUUAUUGCAAACAAAGACAAUGUGCAGGAAGCAGACAGAGGAUCAGAGGGGUUUUAUAUUCGAUCAGGAAUCGUUGUGGUGUUAAAAGACUCUGAAAUAACCAAUGAUACAAUCAUUUAAUCACCACUUCACUCCCAGGUGCUCCCAAAUUACAGCAUCACUUCAAUUUUUCACUCAGAAUAAAUUCUCCAGUCCUGGAAAUAAAGGGCUAUCUCAACCAUCAAUUUUUGAAUCUUCAAUCAUGGGAAUCAAAGAAACUACACAUUCAUUUCACUUCCCUCAACAUUUUUGUUGGCUCAUUCAAUAGAACACCCAACAAAAUUGUGCGGCAAUCAAAUUCUUUAUACCUUUAUUUGUAUGGCUCAUAUAAGCCCAAAUGGUUAAAGAUUAGUUCAGAUUAUUUGCAAGAUUGAAUAUUACUUUUAGUUCAAAAGAAAUCGGUCACAGAAAUAAAAGAAGCAUAUCUCA